UCUUGUCAUGGUGGGACUUCUCCGUGAGAUCUAUACCCCCCUCUCUAGGGGAGGCCAUGCGCCACAUGCCCCCCGCUCACCAUUUCUUUGGGGGCACCGUUCCCCACUCUCUACAAGAAAAAUGAUAAUUUCGAUUCUAAUUUUACUCAAUGUUAAUUUUCAACCAGUUUUAUCUCAGGACGGAUGCUCCGGGUUCCAGUCUGAGUACUGUAACAUGAGGUUGGAUAAUAUCCUCCUUUUAGAUUCUAAUGUUACAACACCAGCAGAGUGUCAGGCACUUUGCUUUAAACGAGAUUCAUGCGUGAAAUUCAGUCAUUUCUUAUCACCAGAUUCUCGUUGUGUUCUCUUCAAACAAUGUUCUCAGCCCAUCAAACCUUGCAGUGAUUGUCUAAGUGGACCACCAUACCCAAGAAUAUCCAGUUGUCAGAGACAGCCUCUCAGAAAUGGACAAGACGAGCCAGGACUAAAUUCUUUACCAGAAAACGCAAAUAAACGACCCCGAUGCCUAAGCGGAACUUGUUUUGCACUCUGUCCUACCUGCUUUCUUCCGGAAACCAAUAAAAACACUGGAAAUAAGGUUGGGAGCAAGGAUUCUAGGAAUAAGGAGGAUGAGGAGGAUAUGGACCCUUAUGGCGGGGAUGGAGGAUUUAAUGAAAACGACGAGAAGAACUAUGAUGAAGAAGAUGAUGAUGAUGAUGAUGAAAAUGAUGAUGGUGAUGAUGAUGAUGAUGAUGAUGAUAAUGAUGAUGAAGAUGAUGAUAAAGUCAAUGUUGAUGACGGUCUUCUUGAUGAUGUAUUUGGAGAAUUUCCUGAAGCAGAAAGCAAAAAUAAGAAUAAUAAUCGGAGAAACAAUAACAACAACAACAACAACAACAACAAUAACAACAAAAACAAUAAAAGAACUAAUAAUGGUUCUGGAAGUAAAUCUAACUGUCCGACCUGUCCACCCUCUAAUCCAGGAUUUUAUUACUGUGUAAUGGGGGGAAGUAAUGCCAAUGGCCCUGUUUCUGCUGUUUCUGUUUUAAAUACAGGAAGUUACGCUGUUCCAAGGGCACCUCUUAUAUCUCCAUUUCCUUCCUUUAUGACACAGGGGAACGGAGCAACCUUCUCAACCUUCACAGGACAAUCUCUACUCACAUGUGUACCCGGAUAUCCGGUUCAAGGAUUUUAUCCUGGACAAAACUUCGGUCAAUUUUUCCCUCAAACAUACGUUCCUGGAACCUGCAAUUCUUACGAUUUCAACAGAAAAUCUUGGACUUCUACUGGUGGAAAAUUGAACACAGCUCGUGAAGGUGGGUCAACUCUUCGUGUUGGCAGCUACCUGGUAACCCUAGGCGGGGUUUCACCGUCUGGAUACCCUGUACCCUCAGUAGAGAUAUUUGAUUCAAGAAGAGCAGACAAAGGAUGGAAACAGAUUCCAAGUUGGAGUAAUCCAUCUGCCACGAGGGACCAGUGUACUGUCAUGACCAGGGAUCCUAAGCAUGGCCCUGAGCUGAUGGUGAUAGGAGGAGAGGGACGGGAAGGAUCAGUUAUGAAGAUGGUUUUAGGAACAGGACAGUGGUUUUCUCUUCCCGGCAUGCUUUAUCCUAGGAAACAGCAUGCUUGCACGAAGGUAAACAUGAACGGAAGACCGGGCGUAGUAGUCUCCGGUGGCUCUGAUGGAUUCCACACUAACAUGACAGCUGUCGAGUUCUUUGAUCUAAACUCAGGGGCAUGGGUCAACCUACCUAGUCUAGAUAGAGGAAGACGAGGUCACGUGAUGACAACUGUUGAAGGAAAUCUAGCAGUAGCAGGAGGUACAGCUACAGGAGCACAAGGGGAUACAGAGUUUCUGGACGAUGUUGAAGUUUUCGACGGAAAACGAUGGAAAAGAGCAAAUUACAGGCUGGACGGAGCAAGAAACGGAGCGAACCUUGUCAAAAUUCCGUUUAGUUCUUUUGGUUCAUUUACUGGAUAAUAAACAAAUUUCAGAAAAGAAAA